AGCAAUUAUUUUGUUCCAUGCGGCCCGGAUCCGGAAUCAGCGCUUCAUAAGUCACCGUGUGCACCAAGAAGCGGCGCGUCCAUCGGUACCUUGACAUGCUACUUGCUAGCUACUGGUCAAAGAAAAUCUCAGAUAGUAUCCGCCAUGGUAUGGGACGAUUAGUUGUACCGUUAGAUUCGUGAAUUGAGUUCGACAAAUGGAUUUUUCACAGGCAGCUGGACUCGACUGGGAACGUUGCACACCAGCAGUGAAUCAUAGCACACACGCCGAGGAUGAGCAACACCGAUGGAGGAACAGUAUCCCAGUUUGCAGGACAUGACGGCGGUGGUGGGAAUCGUCACUCGUCACUAUUACAUCACCUCUCCAUCAGUGAACCUGUUAAUGUGUGGGACUUGCCAGAAAUCCAGAAGUACAAGAAGAGCUUGGUCAGGAAACUCUUUCCAUCAACCAUACGGCUGGCUUGCGUCUCGUGUGGCCUUAUCAACAACGAUCAACAGAAGAUGCUUUUCAUGGUCGAAGAGGACAGUGCCAAGCACAAUGAGCGGUUGUUGAACUACAUCUAUCCAAGCGGGGACAAUCUUGAUCACUUCCAAUUGUUCAUUAACCAAUUAGAAGGCCCCUACUUUGAAGCGAUCAAGGACAAGUUUCAGGAAGUCAAGGAUCGACUUCAAGAUGAGAAGACGGCAAGGAUCCAGCAGAUAGAUGCAGCUGAACGCUACUAUGGUAUAUGGGCAGCUGGCUCAGCUCCAGCAUCACAAAAUGGCAUUUAUCAGACAUCAAGGUUGGGUCCUGCCUUACCUAACUCUGCACAAGCAGCAGCAGCACCACCAGGAGCAGCACCACCACCAGCACCAGGAGCAGCAGCACCAGGAGGAGCAGCAGCAGGAGCAACAGCAGGAGCAACAGCAGGAGCAGCAGCAGCACCACCAGCAGCAGGAGCACCAGCAGGAGCAGCAGCACCACCAGCACCGCCAGGAGCAGCAGCAGCAGGAGCAACAGCAGGAGCAGCAACAGCACCAGCAGCAGCACCAGGAGCAGCAGCACCAGCAGCAGCACGAGGAGGAGCUGCAGCAGCAGCACCAACAGUAGCAGCACCAGCAGCACCAGGAGCAGCAGCACCAGCAGCACCAGGAGCAACAGCAGCAGCACCAGCAGCAAGAGCAACAGCAGCAGCAACUGCAGGAGGAGCAACAGGAGCAACAGCACCAGGAGCAGCAGCAGCAGGAUCUGGUGAAAACGAGUUAGAUUCUGGAGCACAGAGACAUGGAGAGAGACAAGAUGGUUCGAGUCAGCAGCCAUGUGAACUAGUGGUCAAUAACCCGCCGCCGAGGAAAGAGCCUAGUUUGGCAUUGCCCCCUGCAAGUGGAGACCUAGAUGGACAGCAACGAGCGUCAGGAACAAAAUCAUAUGGCCAACAACAGUACAGUUCUCCAUUGGACGAUCCUGAACUGAUGUCAAAGCUCAGGAAGGUCAUAAUCAACGGUCGUAAUCCCAACCGAACAAUUCUUGCAAAGUUUCAGCUGCAGGUGCAGGGAUGUAUUUCCCACUUUGUCGGGCAUAAACAUGUCAAGCGUGUCCUGCCCCAUGCAUAUUGUGAUGGCAUUAGAAAAACGUACCCCGACCCACACAAGCAAGCAGAGGAGCUAGUGGGAGAAUGGACAAGAAAGGCACUAUUCCACUUCUCCGCGGGCACCUUGAUGGAUAUGCUGCAAGCAACCGGGUACGAACACGCGUUUUAUGACAGCAUCAAAGAUGAUGUCGCGUAGCCGUCAUAUCAGUAACUCGUACUAAGCUUACAUAAUUAUUGAAGAAACUCUUCCUGUUAAUACUGCUCGAUUUCAACAUGAUAAACAUUGGAAACUCUGCACCCAAAGCAGAGUGCCACAGCCAGGACUACCGACACCUCGACAUUGCUUCAUUUUCUUGCACACACUUCACUAGUACGCCGGCCUAAUCUCCUAACACUUUGCAGUUCUCCCUUAGGUCCAAACUUGAGAAUAUGCCGCCGCCGUGAUCGACAGUGUUGUCCAUAUUGCGUGCCAGACUCAGUGAUUGUAGUGGAUCGUUGGACUCCUAUGGCUGUAGCUUACGGGUCUUUCAGCACUUGCGCCAGUGAUCGUGAGACUUAUCCAUUCACCCACACUGCUGCGCGCUGGAUUUGCUGCUGGUUUGAAGCGGGUGUUAGCUGCUGCUGUGAGUUUCAUUGCAAAACGAGACACAAAUUUUAUCACUUUUAAAAUAGGCUAAUGACUAUGUUUGUUGUAUUGUGUACUCUGCUCUGCCCCCCCCCCCCCCGCGCCCGAGGUGUUUGUCGCGCUGGAAACAGAGCGUCACUGAAAGUUGCCAUCUCUUUUGUGGCGUUUUGGCUCGCAGAGAUCUACAUAAUGCAGUGCUCUCGGAACAUUAAUUCCAUAAAACGUACUCAAGCUCAACUGAUGAGAGACGAAUUA